AGUAAUCAAGUAAAGACGUUUUCGUUGUUCUGAUUGUUCAUUGUUUUUAGUUUGUUUGAGCCCUUUGUGUUGAUAACUGUAACAAUAAAACGUUGUUUUAUAUCUAGUUUAAUAAAAAUAGAGUAUAUAACUGAUAUUACUGGUCCUAUAAUCUUAUUUUAAAGAAAUAUACUUUAUCAAUUGUUUUGUGAUUAUAUUAUACUUCGUGUGAGUUUUACAGAGAGAGUAACAAUGACAUCACCUGUAACAAAAUUUAAGUUCACCCAACAGCAACAAACUCCUGUAUUUAUCGGCUCAGAAUUUUACAAUGUAUACAAAAGUUCUGAAUUUUUGCAAAGCAGCCACAACAUCGAUCGCAUUCUCCAUCAAGGUUACGAAUUGAGAAAAUUACUGAAAAAUAAAAAACCAGGCGAAAUAGUAGAAGUGGUUGGGAUGUGGCUGGCACCUAAUUCUCCUUUACGUAUAAAAAAUACGGGCAUUGGUGUCCCAGUGGAAGAUAUGGAAUUCACCCAGAAUCGUCUCAAAGGUCUAGUAGCCGCGUUUGUAUAUGACAACCGUCAGAAAUUCCCCAACAUAAAAGCGGAGGAGGCGAUAAUGCUACGUUUAACUUGGGACAACGGAGACGCUGAAAAGUGUAAAUUGUACUUGUCCGCCGUCGCCGGCGCUGAGCAUUUCGACGAGCAGUUCUCGUAUUGGCCCCUCAUGUGCGCAUUAAGGAAAUUGCAGCUUAAGAAGAUAGACGAAAAGUCCGUUAUGAAAAUUGCUAAGAAAAAAAAUAAAAAUGGCGUCCGCUUGGCGCAUAUCCUGCGGCAGAAUUAUGACGAAGUUAGACGUAUGUGGAAAUAUUUUCCGGACGCCGAGGAUUUCGAUACGUCUAUCGGUCUUACUGUAAUGUCGCCGGAAUUGGUCAACAUCUUUCUGAAAGUUUGAAUUCCGAUUGUCUACUUUGUGGUUAUUGACGAUAUGAUUGGCAAAAUGUGAUAUACUUUUGCAUAUUAACAGUAAUACAUAUGGCCUCUUUAAUCUUUAGUAUAACGGUCAUAUAUUUUAUUGUAUUUUUUGUCUCUUUUUAUUAUUGUUUAAUUAAUAAAAGAGUAUUGCACUUGACCCAUUAAAGCUUAUUUUUAUUAAA